AUGAUGACUGGAGUCAAAAAGCCAGUCAACAUAUUCCGCCUGAAGAACCUCCCUGAGCCUAAGGAAGUCUUUAAUUGGCGACUAUUCUUUGCAGUUUUCUCAUUCGGCCUGAUGGGCGCUGCUCGCGGUGUUGACGAAGGUUUAAUCUCAGGCGCGUUCAACUCCAAAGACUUUCAACGAUACAUCCAUUACGAGACUUACAGCAAAGUGGAGCAAACCAAUAUCAAAGGGAAUGUCUCGGCAAUGGUUCAGCUUGGAUCUGUUGGGGGUUCUCUGUUUGCCUUCCUAGUCUUUGACCGUAUCGGCCGGAUAUGGGCAACUCGUCAGCUCUGCCUAGUGUGGAUUCUUGGAAUUGCUAUCUUCAUGGGCAACGGUGGUAGCCUAGCUGCUGUGUACGCUGGGCGCUUCAUCGCUGGGCUUGGUGUUGGGCAGACAGUAGUAGUAGGACCUGUCUACCUUGCUGAAAUCGCACCCGCGUCCGUCCGCGGUAUAUGUACCUGCGUGUUCACUGGGUUCGUUUAUCUGGGAAUUGUGCUUGCGUACUUUGCCAACUAUGGCUGCGCGGUCAACUUAGGCGACGCAAAUCACAAUCGAUGGCUGGUCCCCACAAGUCUCCAUAUCAUGUUCGCCGGCGUGAUUUUCCUCCUCUCAUUCCUACAAUACGAAUCUCCUCGAUACCUAGUGAAGGAAGGCCAACUCGACCAAGCAUUCCACAAUCUCUCGCGCAUCCGUCAUCUCCCUCAGGACCACGAAUUCAUCACGCGCGAAAUCACCGCCAUCCAGGCAUCGCACGAAGCAGAGUUAGAAGCCGCCUUAGGGACAGGACCCAUCGGAGUACUCAAGGAAACCUUCCUAGCUCCGUCGAAUCUCUACCGGAUCUAUCUCACUUUCAUGGUCCAGAUUCUAUCGCAAUGGACCGGCGCGGGCAGUAUCACCGUCUACGCAACAGAUCUUUUCAAACUCUUAGGCAUCACAGGCAACAACACGAACCUACUAGUCACGGCCGUCUUCGGGAUAGUUAAGCUAAUUGCGGCGAUUAUCUGCGCCUUGUUCCUAGUAGACGUUAUCGGACGCAAGCGAGCCCUCCUCCUCGGCAUCACCCUCCAAGCUAUCUCUAUGGUCUACAUCGCCGGGUUCUUAACCGCCGUCCCGGAAAUGGGCGUGGUAGAGGGCUUCAAGCUCCCAAAGAAUAAAAAACGCGCUAGCGAAGGCGCGAUUUCUAUGAUUUAUCUCUCGGGUUUUGGGUGGGCUCUCGGUUGGAACUCGAUGCAGUAUCUUCUCACGGCCGAGCUGUUUCCACUGCGUAUCCGCGCGCUGGCGACCUCGUUGGCGAUGACGCUGCACUUUGUUAACCAGUACGGCAACUCGCGGGCUGUGCCUAAUAUGUUAUUGUCCACGGCAAAAGGAGGGAUCAACCCCAGCGGCGCGUUUUGGUCCUUCGCUGCAGUAACAAUUUUAGGCGGGAUUUGGGUGUGGUUUAGUAUUCCUGAAACGGCGGGGCGAUCACUAGAGAGCAUGGAUCAUUUGUUUGCCUUACCUUGGUAUCAGAUCGGGCUGUAUGGUAAUCAGGAUGCUGAAGGGCGUGAUGGACAAGUUGAGGAUGACAAGGUAGAGAUGGCGGAACGCAGGGACGGGGUCGCUGAGCAUGUCGAGAGGGUAGACCCGUCAGGCCGGGUGUGA